AUGUGUAAAUUAGAUCGGAUAUUGGGGAACUCGGAGUUUAUUGAUAGAUUUGGGGAUGCCUCGGUUUUCUUUGAACCAAGAGGGAUCUCUGACCAUUCACCGGGUAUUCUAACGUUCAAAGUAGGGAGAAGACUUAGAAAACGUGGCUUUAAGUUUGAUAAUUUCCUGACUUCCCAUGAGGAUUUCCUCAGUUCGGUUGAGGGAGUAUGGGCGAAACCGAAGAAAGGCUCCUACAUGAAGAAAGUUCUCCUUAAAAUGCAAGAUAUGAAAGGGGUUUGCCGUAGACUAAGAAAUUCGUAUGGAUGCUUGRAUAAGAAGGUGGCAUUGUUAAAGGCGGAACUUAAUGUUGCUCAAUUGGCUUGUGACCUAGAUCCAUUUAAUGAUAUGCUGAAAGAGGACAUUGCUCACCUCUUGUUAGCAUAUCAACAAGCUAGGAAUGAUYAAUUGGAAWUGGUUAGWCAAAAGGCGAAGAUUUCUUGGUURAACGAGGGGGAUGGAAAUUCUAAGUUCUUCUUUCACUCCAUGAGAGAGAAGCGCAAUAGGAACCACAUUGCUGCUAUUAAGGACUCAUUUGGAAUGGUAUUUGAACAUGAUAAAGUACCAAAAGCUUUUGUUAAUCAUUUUGCAGGUAUUUUGGGUUCUUGUGAUGCGUUGGUUAACCCUUCUAUGGAAGAUUGUUCUUUCGAUCGUCUUUGUCUUUAUCGGAGUCUCUACACUUAA